CAAAGCGCGUUCUGGUGGCAAAAAGGAAGCGCAUCGUGAUUAGAUAACGACGAGAUACGGGACAAUCGGAUUGUUUACACGCGACGCAACGACGCAACAAAUUGAGUAAAUUCUUUUUAUAUCCACUUCUCUCGACACGUGCCGUGGGUGAGUCGAAAGGUAUCCUUUACAGGCCGGAACGGAAGACCACAUAAACCAUGUCUAACGAAAGCAGUCUGUCCGGUUUGACGGUCGGAUUCAUUGGCGGUGGUAACAUGGCAUAUGCCAUCGCAUCUGGAUUGCUGAAAAAUGGUAUCCUACAACCCGGCCAAAUCCAAGUUACAGCAACGAAGGUUGAGAACCUUACAGAACGUUGGACCCCGCUCGGAGUGACGCAUCUGGGAACGGAUAACAUCGCACUGAUGAAGCAGUGCAAUAUCAUUUUUCUGUGCAUCAAACCACAGAUGCUAGCGACGGUUUCCAAACCGAUCUAUACCUACGCGCAGCAUUGGCAAAAGAUAGACUGUACGGACAAAAUAAUCGUAUCGAUUCUGGCCGGUAUCACGUUGGAACGGUUGUAUUCGAGUUUCUCUGCUCUGGGGACCACAACAAUCGUUCGCACAAUGCCGAAUACACCGAUGCAGGUCGGGCUCGGAUGUACCGUGUACUGCACCGCUAGUAAAGAGAUGUCUGACGUUGUGCUCGAACUGUACAACUCACUGAAGAUCAUGCUCGGUUCGCUUGGACUCGCUUUCGAAGUACAGGAGAGCCAAAUCAAUGCCGUUACCGGGUUGGCCGGUUGUGGUCCCGCGUAUGUGUACGAGUUCAUCGAAGCACUAGCCGAUGGAGGCGUUAAGCAGGGUAUUCCACGUGCCAUGGCUCUUCAGCUGGCAGCGCAAACGGUCAUGGGUGCCGCGAAGACGGUACUGGCUACCGGUAAACACCCAGCCGUACUAAAGGACGAAGUAUGCUCACCAGGUGGUGCCACCAUCCACGGUGUACAUGCGCUGGAGCAGGGAUCGAUGCGCGGAACUGUUAUGAAUGCGGUCGAAAAGGCUACGAAACGUUCGGCAGAACUUUCCUAAACGAGAAGCAGAUACCCCUAUCCUUGUGAGCUUUCGAAAAGACGUCGGUAGGGUAAUAAACAUCAAUAAUAAGCUCUCUAAUCGGUAUUUUUUGUUA